ACAACCAUGCCCCUUCGAUUCUGCACUAUAUCUCUUCCGCGCGCUCGUCAUUACUCGUCAUGCGAACCUCUACAAGACGCCAGUCCCCAGCCCCUGCAGAUGUUAUCACGUAUCGUUUGAAUAGUAAAAUGAUGUAUGUGCCUCCUGCAGAGAGCUUCGAUCAAGCAGUUACAUUUGCUAGAUCAGCAUUCGAGGGUGACCUCACUGGGAUUGACAAGAGCCGGAUAUCCUUCUCGCUGAAUGUACUGGCGAACGGGAAGCAGAGCUCUGUGGGUAUCAGCAGUGGGGCAUGGUCGACAAUUAUGUCCCAUCUGGCACGAUAUGAGAUCAUAGACGUGCAUGUCCAGCCAGAGCUCAAAAUAUCAGAACCCCCUCCGAGCUAUCGGUCUUGUGGCUCAACUGGGGAUGCCGAGAAGGAGCAGCACUCGUCAUCACAUUCAUCAUCACCUCUCCACGGUCUCAUUCCCAAACGUCUGUUUCAACGGCUCGGUGCCUGAAUGCAGCAUGAUACCGAGCACCUUUGGGCUUCCUGUUUCACUAUGUAAAGAUGAUACCCUCACAUGCGGAAUAUCGUUAUGGAGAGCAAAUGUUUUAGUGUACCAAAUUGUGUCAAACACUCAUUUGUAUUACAUUCUUUCAGUUAUGAAACGACGGUUAUUGUUAUUUCAAUAUUUCAUACAAGUAAAUAUUACUGCUGUAUUAAUUCAAAUGGACAUGGAUAGACCUGUAGUAUUACCAUGCUUCCAUCAUUAUGAUCAUAUCACAUGCAGUGCUCGAUAUGCGCGCUUCUCGAA